AUGCAUACUAAUAUCCUUUUAUUGUUUUCUCUAGCUUUUUUCGCUGUUCUUUUCAAUGCCCUUUAUGUGUCAGGUAUAGGGCCACAGCCACAGAGUUUGUCUUUGAACUGUGGAUCAGAAAAUGGGGGCACAGAUGGUGAUGGGCGAAAAUGGGAAUCAGAUGUCAAAUACAUCACUGCAAAGUUUCCAAAUGUCAGAGCUCAGUACCAAGACUCUUCAAUUGUUUCUGAGGUUCCAUACAUGGAUGCCAGGAUUUUCAGAUCCGAAGCAACCUACAACCUCCCCAUCAUGCCGAAAACGCGUUAUUGGCUCAGGCUCUACUUUUAUCCUUCUGAAUAUUCUGGUCUCAAUAUCGCCAACUCCUAUUUCUCGGUGGUCGCAGGAGGGGUUACUCUCCUGAACAAUUUUAGUGCCUCGAUCACAGCUCAGGCUCUCACUCAGGCUUACCUCAUUGAAGAGUAUUCUCUAGCUCCCAUGAAUUCUCAGAUUCUCAGUGUCACCUUUAAGCCAGCAGAAAGGCCUGAUGCUUUUGCUUUUAUCAAUGCUAUAGAGUUGGUUCCAAUCCCUGACCUCUUUGGUUCAGGGACAAUGGUGGGGUUUGCUGACCAAACUUUUGAUGCUGCGGGUGCAAAUUUGCAGACAAUGUAUAGAUUGAAUGUAGCAGGGCAGUAUAUUUCACCUACUAAAGACUCCGGUAAUCUUACAAGAACCUGGUAUAAUGACGCGCCUUACUUAUUUGGUGCGGCAACUGGGGUUAAUUUGCAGAGUAAUGACAGUUUUAAAGUUCAGUACGGAGAAUUGGCGGAGUCUGUCGCACCGCCUGAUGUUUACAGAACGGCAAGAGGUAUGGGAUUUCACAAGGACCUCACCGUGGCAUUCAAUUUGACAUGGCUGUUUCAGGCUGAUGCCAAUUUCACAUAUGUUGUGAGGCUACAUUUCUGCGAGUUCCAAUUAACCAAAGUCAAUCAGAAAGUCUUCAACAUAUACAUCAACAAUCAAACUGCCCAGGUUGAGCCUGAUGCGGCCGAUAUUAUAGGGUGGACAGGAGAAAUGGGAGUGCCAACAUAUAAAGACUACGCAGUUUUUGUGAACGACAGGCCAGGCGAUGAAGAAAUUCGGGUGGACUUGCACCCAGCAACCAGUUCGAAGCCUGAAUUUUAUGAUGCAUCACUCAAUGGAAUAGAGAUAUUCAAGAUGAGUGAUAGGAACAAUAACUUGGCAGGACCGAACCCUGUGCUAUCAGAAAUGCUUGCUCAACAUAUGGCUAAAGCUAGUCAUAAGGAAUUUCAGACAGAUUACAAAACAUUGAAGAUUGUAGGAACUGCUAGUGGGGUGGGCUUUUUUUUCAUUGCUGCAGCUUGCAUUGCGGUUUAUCGAAAGAAGAAGAUAAUUCCUGGCUUUGAUUCACAUACAUCUAACUGGCUACCAGUCUCUGGAAACUCCCAUACUGGUAGCAGAUCAACAAUCUCUGGCAAGAGUACUCAAAGCAGUCACCUUUCAUCACUGGCUCAAGGUCUUUGUCGCCAUUUCACCCUCCCUGAGAUAAUAAGGGCAACCAAGAAUUUUGAUGAUUCUAAUGUCAUUGGUGUUGGAGGCUUCGGUAAGGUGUAUAAAGGUGUUAUUGAUCAAGCAACCAAAGUGGCCAUCAAAAGGUCAAAUCCACAAUCAGAACAGGGAGUUAAUGAGUUCAUGACUGAGAUUGAGAUGCUUUCGAAGUUGAGACACAAGCAUUUGGUCUCGUUGAUUGGUUUCUGCGAUGAAGAUGGUGAGAUGUGCCUGGUUUAUGACUACAUGGCACUUGGGACUAUGAGGGAGCAUCUUUACAAUACCAAGAAACCUCGUCUGUCAUGGAAGCAAAGGUUGGAGGUUUGUAUUGGAGCAGCAAGGGGACUGCACUACCUUCACACUGGGGCUAAGUACACAAUCAUUCACAGGGAUGUUAAGAGCACAAACAUUCUGUUGGAUGAGAAUUGGGUUGCCAAGGUUUCGGAUUUCGGGCUCUCAAAAACUGGUCCUGAUAUGGAUAAGGGCCAUGUUAGUACUGUGGUCAAGGGCAGCUUCGGCUACUUGGAUCCUGAAUACUUUAGGAGGCAACAACUGACUGAAAAGUCUGAUGUCUACUCAUUUGGAGUUGUCCUUUUCGAGGCUCUAUGUGGAAGGCCUGCCCUCAAUCCUAGCCUACCAAAGGAACAAGUUAGUCUCGCUGAUUGGGCUCUUCAUUGUCAAAGAAAAGGAAUUAUUGAGGACAUCAUCGAUCCUCACAUCAAGGGAAAAAUCACCCCUGAAUGCCUGAAGAAGUUCGCCGAUACAGCUGAGAAAUGCUUGGCUGAAUCAGGACCCGAACGCCCUAACAUGGGCGAUGUCCUAUGGAAUCUUGAAUUUUCCCUCCAAUUACAGGACAACCCUGAAGGUUCAAAGCAUAGCUCAAAAGGUGAGGAAAGUGAAACUUCUGAAGAGAGUAUAAGAAACUGCAACUUGGCAAUGCAUUAUAGCAAUCUCAGCAUCGGAAGCAAUAGUGAAAUGCCUGCGGGAUCUGAUGACUCUGGCGAUAUCUUCUCUCAGAUUGUCAAUCCAAAAGGGAGAUGA